AUGAACGGUUCUGGGAACCAGGAUGUUGAGAUGGACGUUGACCGGAAUGCCAGCCCUGCCGUGACAACCGGCACGAGGUUCGGCAGUCCCCCCCAGAGAGGAGACACUAGGAUCGUCGUCAUCGUUUAUGGCCACGGCCAAGACAACAUCGUGUCAGUUUUCGCCGAUGUUCUGGGGAAACCGUACGCCAUCCGUUCGGCAUUCCAAGAUGUUAGCGCCGCCGACCAAGGGCUUGUGGUGGGCAUUCCGGCAGAGCAUGCGAAGAACGAUAUCAACUCUCGCGACAAGGAGCUUGUCGUGGCGAUUAACGCUCACUGCGUCAACCUUGGGAUGCCGCCGGACGUCUUUCUUUCGGCGCAGUGCGACUACGAGUUCCUGUACACGGAAGCCCCUUUCUUCCGGCGGGACCUCUCGAGAUUCAUCUCCUUCACCCUAGGCCAGAUCAACCACCACGAGACGUUGAUGUCAAAGCCACGGACCUACUUCAUCUCCACAACGUUCCCCGACGUCAGCGCUGCAUUACCAAACAUCGACAUUCUCACUGUAGGCGCCGACGCGGUGGAAAUCCGAGUUGAUCUUCUCAAGGAGCCUCUUGGCGACGGCACAUACUCUGCCAUCCCGAGUCUCAGCUACGUCGGACAGCAACUGAUGCUCCUGCGCCAGCGAACGGAACUCCCCAUCAUCUUCACCACUAGAUGUACGAGGGAGAACGGCCGCUUCCCGAUGGAAAACCCAGAUCUCUACUACGAGUAUCUGUACCGAGCCAUCCAAUGGGGUGUCGAGUACAUCGACGUGGAGCUAUGGCUUCCUGAAGCUAUCCGGAAGAAGCUCUACGAGCAGAAAGGAAGCAGCCGGAUCAUGUCUGCGUUCCACGAUUUCUCUGGCACCUUCAGAUGGCCUUCGUCCCAUGCCGAGCAGGUCUAUGUUGAAUCGAGCAAGUACGCCGACAUCAUAAAAAUGAUUGCCAUUAUCAAUGACCAUAACGAGAACUUCGAGCUGGAAUACUUCCGCUCCAAGAUGCGGGCAGACUACCCAGAUUCGCCCCCUUUCUCGGGAGUCAACAUGGGGGAGACGGGCCAGUUCUCUCGCACUCUGAACAGAGUUUUCACGCCCAUCACUCACCCGCUGCUGCCAAUAGUCGCUGCUCCAGGCCAGAUGAGCGCUUCGGAAAUCAACGCGGCUCUAGCCCUGCUCGGGCAGCUGCCCAAGAAGAGCAUAUACGGCAUCACGACCCCGGCUUUUCGAAGUUCGACACCGCAAGCCCCUUUCUAUGAGAAGUGCUUCAACGAGCUUGGCCUACCACAUUACUUCGCAGUCGUGGAGCGCUUGCCCAACAACUUUUCAAGCAUGGAGGCCUGGUGCAACCAAAAGAACUUUGGCGGUGCCUAUCUCAGCCCACCGGUGUCGUGGAACAGCCUUCUGAAGCACAGCUCGUUCUUUGCGUCGCUUAACGGCGGCAAGGGCCCAGAACUGACCGAGGCUGCUCGGCUCAUCGGAACUGUGGACACCAUCAUAGUCAAGUCGGGAUCGUCAUCGUCGGCCUCCUCUGCUCCGGCGUCCAUACCGUCGAGUCCGCGCCAUGGACAUCAUGAUUCUUUUGGCCAUCUCGGGUCGAACUUUUCCGCUCUGUCGCCAAACACAUCCCUGAUUCUGGACAAUGCCAGUUGGCGUGGCAUCAUCAGCACGCUGACCAGAGACAUGGCGCCUUCGGCGUACUUUGGUCGGACAGCCGUCGUUCUGGCCUCGUCCGGCGAAGAUGCCGCAUCAGUCAUGUACGCCCUGAAGGCUCUCCGCAUCGGCAAGAUAUAUACCGUCGGUUUCCGGACACCGCCAGCCCUGGCUCGCGAUGGACCCGUCAUUGAACCGUUCAAUAGCCUCGAGAGUCUCAAGAGGGCACAGACGGUCGGCGACGAUGCAGCCCCUUUCCUGGUCGUCUCGGCCCUCGGGGCGGAAAAGAGCAAUCUCGUCGGUAUGCUCGUCCGUGUGUUUGGCGCAAACGUCCGGGGAGGGUCCAAUUUCAAAAAAGUCUUCCUCGAUCUUGCCGAGGCCUCAGGUGCAAGGAAAGGCGGCGACCCGGGCCUCAUCGCUCAACAGGCCGGUUUCUCUGCCUACGGUGUCGCCGACACGGCCGCCUUCACGACCGUAGAGACUCUCAGGCUGCUGGUCGGCCAGAACGUGCCCUACAGCUUUGUCAGAUUGGCAAGCGGCAGGGGCAUGUUCUGA